AUGGCAACAUGGAAUGGUGUAGGUCAAGUGGCCAGUGUUGCGCAACUAGCAGGGAUAGAUGCAUAUGGGCUGAUCAAGAUGAUUGUGGAGGCAGUGCAGACCGUUAGGAGGAACAAGGAGACCUGCCAAAAGCUCGCGCGACGCGUCAAGAUGAUAGGUGACCUUCUGCAGGAGCUUCAUGAGGCACAACUGAUGCAACACCGAGAUACGAGGAACCCAGUGGAUCAGCUGGAGGAGACACUUCGGCGAGCUUUUAUGCUUGUCACAACCUGCCAGGACAGCAGCUUCAUGUAUCACUGCUUCACCGGAGGUAAUCUGGCUUGCCAGUUACGUGAGGUGGAGAAUGAUAUUGCCUUCUACCUCCAGAUUUUCCCCCUUGUGAGCCAUGUUGAUACUUCCCGUACCUUGGUGCUGCAUUUGAGCAGAGGUCAACCUUCACCUACAGAGGUAAUAGCUACACGCAGAUAG